UUCAAUAGCUAACUAAAAGAACAGAACAAAUGGGUUUUACAGUUAAAUCUAAUGCCAUUUAAGGCCUUACAUGAGCAGUAACAGCAACAACCAACAAUAACAAAUGAAGAACACACUAUACACCUACAAACUAAAAUUGCACCAUCUUAAGUUCACAUUGGCUCCUACAGGCAACUUUCAGUCUUUAGAGUAUAAGUCCUCUACACACCAUGUCAUCUAACCAGUCACUUAAAACCCACGAAGAGGCCUACGCCUCCCUGAUGAGAGGCCUGAAGGAGCUGGAUCUACGGGGACCCUGUGUUCCCAGUGACCUGGUGCUGAUUGGAGACCAUGCCUUUCCUUUGGCAAUGAACAGCCGAGGCCAGGUGCUGAUGGCUGCCUCUCUGUAUGGCAGUGGAAGGAUUGUGGUCCUGGGUCAUGAGAGCUACCUGACUACCUUUCCUGCUCUGGUAGAAAAUGCUGUGACCUGGCUGAGAGGUGAUAGAUCUGAUAACCUCUCUGUAGGGGUGCACAGAAAUGUCAGUGCAGUUGCUGAUAACCUCAGAAAAUCCAGCUUCCAAGCAGAAGUUGUGGGGGCCUUCAGUGAUAACCCGGGGGUUGGUGUUUAUGUGACCAAUGCCUACAGCAUGGGUUCAGACCCGAAGGAGCUGGUUACAUUUCUGAAAGCUGGAGGAGGGGUGCUGAUAGCGGGGCAGGUGUGGAAUUGGGCUUCAAAUCACCCCAAAGAGAACACGCUGCAUCAGUUUGAUGGGAAUAAAGUGUCGGGUGUGGCAGGGAUCUACUUCACUGAGCGUUAUGGUGAGGCGGAGAACCUGCCUGUCUCCCCUCAGAUCCCAUCUUCCUGGAUGUCUUUAGUGACAGGUAAGGAUUUUAAGGAUGACUUGGAGUUCUUACUCCAGGGGGUUUCAGAGUUCAAGCUCCCGUCUGACUGUCUAAGUUCUGAGGUUCUAGUCCAUGGCCCGCUAGCCUUUCCCAUCGGGACUACAGGUGAUGGACGACCAUUCCUGGCAGGAGCCUACUAUGGACGAGGACGGGUCAUUGUGGUUACACAUGAAGCAUAUCUGAGAGUUGAGAGCAUGGCUCCGUUUUGGAGAAACGCCAUCCAUUGGUUGGAUGAAGGGCGCAGAGGGGUUGUUGGUGUAAUGGGGAAAUUGCCACUCAAAGUUUUCAGUGAGUCAGGGCUGCAGUGUGAGAAGACAAACUUCAGGAAAGACCUCAGUGUGUUUGUGUGUACAGCGUAUAUCACUGAGCAUUUGGAAGAAAUCCAAAACUUUGUGGCAGAGGGAGGAGGCCUGCUGAUUGGAGGACAUGCCUGGUGGUGGGCUCGGACACAUGCGGGGAAAAAUCCACUCACAGAAUUCUCAGGGAACAAGAUCCUGAACCAAAUGGGACUGAGCCUGUUGAAAGCAACAAUCAGUGCAGGAUCCUACAAAGCCCCUGUACCCAGCCAGGCUAUUAAAGAUACCUACCACUUCCGUCACCUUCUACACCGCUUUGCUGCCCACGUGACUAGAGGUGACAAACUUAGUGAGAAUGAGAAGAAAUAUCUGAAAAAGCUGGGCAGCGACUGCAACACGUACUUACACACAAAGGUCCACGGCUGCUUCUACUACACACAAGUGUUGACCACACUCAUUGACAUUUUAAUGAGGUCAGGCCUGCCACGGGUGAGUGACAGCUGCCCUGUCAAAACUCCAAAAGACCACCUGCUCCUCAGUUUGGGAUCAGCUGUAUAUGAGGUUUGCCCAAAUCCUGAUGCUCUUCUGCCCUACCUCAUCAAAGAUAAUCCACUGAUGCCAGACGUCUAUAACCACAGGUUCAAGAUUGAUGUUAACACAGCAGGUAGUGAAGAGUGGCUCAGCACUGGGCUCUACCUGUCUCCUGGCAUGAGGACCUACAUGAUCAUGCCAGCUGAGAUUGUCAACAAAGAUUGGAAGAUUCAGAUAGGCUGCCACACUGAUAACCUACAUGGCAAAGAUGAGCUGAAGAGACCACCACGUGUUACUGAGCGGUUUCCUGUUACUUCAGAGAUGAUGCACGUGUGCAACCUUUGGGGGGGGCUCAUCUACCUGGUGGCCCCACCCAACACAGACAUGACAGGGUUGGAGGUGACAGUGCAGAAGGCUGUAACUGCUCCAUAUUAUAAGUCUGGUGUGACAACUGCAGCUGAGUGGUCGCUGCUGCGCACAGCUCCUUCACCCUGGGCAGAGUUGGAGUUUGAAAACAUCAUCCUCACCGUACCAUCAGGCGCUGUUCGGGACCUGGAGAGCCCCGAUGCGUUGGCCGCUCUGUGGGAUGAAAUCAUGAGGGCCAUUGCAGAUCUGGCUGCCAAACCACACAAAUUUCCCCGCAAGGAGCGCUUUGUGACAGAUGUGCAGAUUUCUGCUGGCUGGAUGCAUUCAGGUUAUCCCAUCAUGGCACACAUACCCACAGCUGCUGAGGUAGUCGCUGUUAAACAAGGUCAACAACUGUGGGGCCCCAUCCAUGAGCUGGGACACAACCAACAGAGAAGCUGCUGGAACUUCUCAUCACACACCACAGAGAGCACCUGCAACCUGUGGUCAGUGUACGUGCAUGAAGAGGUGCUGGGCAUGAACAGGGCACAGGCUCAUGGUUAUUUGAAUUUAGCAAAGCGAAAGAGUCGAGUAGAGGAGUACAUCAGAGGAGGCAGGAAACUCAGUGACUGGAGUGUGUGGGUUGCCCUGGAAACAUAUCUGCAGCUGCAGGAAAAGUUUGGCUGGGAUGCCUUUAAGAAGGUGUUUGCUGCUUACCACCACAUGAGCAACUUCCCCGGUGACAACAAAGGAAAGAUGAACCUGUAUGCUGAGACUUUCUCCCAGACUGUGAGGAUGAACCUGACUGGAUUCUUUAAGGCCUGGGGCUGGCCCAUAAAAACAGCCACUGAAGAGAAACUGUCCGUGCUGCCUUCCUGGAGUGAUCACCCCAUGAGCCAGUAUGGCUGAACCUCAGACCACUGCAGGCUAAAGAAAAGUGAUUUAGUUCAAUCGGUGAGAUUUUUGUUGAUUACCUUUUUGUUAUUAAUCUUUUUCUGACAGUUACUGCAGUACUGCAUUGUACUCCAGCUUAAAGUGAAUAUUGUAGCUUCUUUCACAGUACUUUCAGGGAUCUGUUGCUCCAAAUUAGAGUCUGUCCAAAUUAACUGUGAGAUUUCUUUGUUAUUUUGGAGGGACAUUAAGGUGUCCUAUUUGCUUUUCUGU